AUGUCCAACGCAGAAGCCAGCAAAUUAUACGAAGCCGUUAUCGAAGAAGUUAUAUCUGAUUCGAGACAAGAUUUCGAAAAUAGCGGGAUUGAUGAAUCUACAUUGCAAGAUUUAAAGAAAAUAUGGUGUGAGAAAUUGAGCCAGACUGGAGUAGCGAAGUUUUCGUGGGAUGAUGAAGAAGCAGAACCUGUAUCUGUACCAGGACCAGGACCAAUACUGGUACCGGGGUCUGAAUUAAAUAAUAAUGAAUCAAUUGUUUCUCAAGCAGUUCAAGAUGCUCAAAAUGCAAUUAAUCAAGAUUAUAAUAAUGGUAGUGGUCAAAUAAAUAUUAAACAAGAAUCACUUGGGUCUAAUGGAAUAGAAUUGCCGGAUGUUAGAGAAGAUAAUGAAACACAAGUUAAACUAGAGUCUACUACUGAUUAUGAUGAAAAUAAUGGAUUAAUAUUACCUAAAGUCAAUCAAGCCGAUGGGGAUUUUGAAUUCACAGUGUAUACCGAUAACGGCGAUGAAUUUAUGGAAAGAUUGAAACGUAAACAGCAAAUAAUUGAACGUAAACAAAAGAAAACAGUAGGACAAGUUGAUGGGGUGGAUGAUGAAGACGAUGACGAUGACGAUGAUAUAUUCAAUGAUUCUGAUGAUAUCAAUUCUGACUUGGACGAUGAUUUGGAGUCUGAAAAAUCUGACGAAGAACAAGGAGAACAAGAAGGACAAAUCAUGUUAUGUCUUUACGAUAAAGUUCAAAGAGUUAAAAACAAAUGGAAAUCAAACUUGAAAGAAGGUAUUGCAAACAUCGAUGGUAAAGACUAUGUCUUUCAAAAAGCUACCGGCGAAAGUGAAUGGUGA